GGUGAUGUUACGUUAGCGCCAUCUCUGAACAAUGGAGCCUUGCUGUGAAACGAUAUAUAAACGGGCCCCUGUCCAACAGCACCCCCUCAUCAACUAUCUGUUCCCCCUCCACCCGAGUUCUUACUUAACCCCACCGUCCCCCCUCCCCCCUAUAUUUUAUCCUUGUAAUAUUGUGCAAUAUGACGCCUCAUGCACAAGCACGCCGUCACACACGCAAGCAGCACAAUUCAGACGAGCCCAUUACCCAGAAACUCCGAGCUGUUACACCGGAGGAACUCGAUGCCUGGAGCAGUGGCUCUGACAGCGAGUACGACCCAAAUGAGCCGCAGCCCUCCGACCUACCUGGCCAUACAUGUUCCAAGUUAGUGGCGUUACGAUCCUCCGCCAUCAUUUUUAUUGACGGAUCUUUCCAGGCUGGCGAUCGGGUGUGGAUCAGAACAGCUGGUGGCAACUGGCAUCCGGGCAAAGUGUCCGGUCAGACAACACGGAAAGGUCAAACGCGGGAGAAAGAGGGACUGUUCUAUCCGGUGGUAUUCAAUGAAAAGCUACGGAAAUAUUUUGCACCGCUGAAUGGUGAAAUCAAGCCCAACAAUCGGCAUAUUCGAAGUUUGCUAGCCGAUGCGGGUUGGUUGUAAUCGUCGGGGCUUGUCCUUGAUAUAUGAUACCAUAUCAAUAUGCUUUCCCUUUGUAUUAAUUGUGUAUGCCAGUGGGGUUUCAAUGGAACAAUAUCAAUACAUAUUCUAGAAAUUGAAAU